CUUGGCCACACCUUAUCCACACACACCUCUUCUCUUCUGAUUCUGAUUCUGAUAACACAAGCCAAAAAAAAAAACAAAAAACCACAUCUGCACAGAAAAAGAAACAUUUAUCCUACAGAGAAAAUUUAGGGGGGAGAAAUAUAGUGCUUCGAUUGAGCAAGAAGAGGGGGAAAAAUGUCAGUGGCAUCAUCAAUCCCAUACAUAAAAAUCCCAAACCCUUCAUCGUCAUCUUGCUCCUUCCCAUCUUCCUCUUCAUCAACCUCCUCAACAUCUUCUUUCUGUAGGUUUUCUACAAUAACAAGGCCUUAUAUUGUGACCAUAAGAAGCUCUCAAGCUGAAGGGCCUGUAAGGAGACCUGUGGCCCCUCCUCUUAGAGCACCUUCCUCGCCAGCAGCACCAUCGCCUCCCUUGAAUCCCGUCCCUCCUCCUUCACCGUCUUCUCCAGUGACUCCACCACCCAAGCCAGCUGCUCAAGUGGCCGUGAAGGACAAGAAUGCGGUUACUUUGGAGUUUCAGAGACAAAAGGCUAAGGAACUUCAACAAUAUUUUAAGCAGAAGAAGUUUGAGGAGGCAGAUCAAGGUCCUUUCUUUGGGUUCGUUGGAAAGAAUGAGAUUGCUAAUGGAAGAUGGGCAAUGUUUGGUUUUGCUGUUGGAAUGCUAACAGAGUAUGCAACGGGCUCGGACUUUGUUGAUCAAGUAAAGAUACUUCUGUCCAAUUUCGGGAUAUUAGAUCUGGAAUAAGUCGACGCUUAAUCUCAGAGCCAUGGAUACCUUUUGAUCUCUACAAUUGCCAUCUCGGUCCUCAGAGUCACUUAUACGUUUUGAUUUCUGUAAUUGCUGUAGCAUGUACAAUGUUCUGCAACUUCUUCAGUUACUAUAUUCCAUUCACUUCAUCUAAA